AUGCCACCAAAGAAGAAGACCGGCGAUGACGGUGCGGACACCGGCGGCGAUGGCAAAUUCCGCUGGACCGCCGAAAACGAGCGCACCCUCCUCCUACUAGCCAUGAACCGCGGCACCCUCACAAAAGACGACUACCACAAGAUGGUCGGCGCCUUCCCUGGUCCCGCAGGCACCAACUGGGACGCCAUCCGCCAGCGCUUCAUCAAGAUGCGCAAGGAGCAGCGUGCGCUUUGUGAGCAGUUGGGUUGGCCUCUCCCUUGUGACGCAGAGAAGACUCCUACAAAGACUCCGGGCAAGUCGCCGAAGAAGAGGGAGAAGGGUGGUGCGGAGAAGGGCGAGGAUGGUGCUGCUGAGGUUGCUGGUGAGAUGGAGUCGCCUGCUAAGAAGCCGCGUGCGAGGAAGGGGAAGAAGGAGGUCGUUAAGAAGGAGGUUGAGGAGGAUGGUGGGCUUGGUGAUGAGCUGUAUCGUGAGUUGAAUGGGGAUGAUGGCGGCGUCAAGGAGGAGGUGGUUGAAGAGGGUGUUUAG